AUCGAGCGCCGGAUGCGUUCCGACAGUUGUGCCAACUAUUGCGAGGCGACAGCACAGAGUUGCACAAAACACAAAAUGCAGAGCCAGAAUCUGAAUUGGGGCAUCGCAGCAGCUGGACGCAUCACCCAAGACUUUGUCACUGCGCUGGGCACCAUUGAGAACUGUCGACACGUGGUGCAGGCCGUUGCGGAUGUGGAGGGCGCCCGGGCACAGGAAUUUGCGCAGCGCAAUCAAAUACCGCGACAUUACGAUGGCUUCGAGGAGCUCUCCCUGGACCGGGAUGUCGAUGUGGUGUAUGUGGGCACGCUGAAUCCCUUUCACUAUGCCGUGGUGCGGCUCAUGUUGUCGCGGGGCAAGCAUGUGCUCUGCGAGACGCCCCUGUGCCUGGGCCUGCAGCAGGCGCGGGAGCUCUACGCAUUGGCCGAGCAGCGUGGCUUGUUUCUCAUGGAAGGCAUGUGGAGUCGCUUCUUUCCCAGCUAUGAUCGCCUGCGUGAGCUGCUGCUCAGCAAUUGCAUUGGCGAGGUCAAGCUGAUCAGGCUGCAGCACGGGUUCCGCUUGGUCAACGUGGAGCGCAUUAACAGCCGCUCAUUGGGCGGCUCGAUCACCCUGGACAUUGGCAUCUAUGCCCUGCAGCUGGGCCAGUUUGUGUUUGGCACGGCGCCCGUAAAGAUCAUACCCAGCGGCACUCAGCUGAAUGCCGAACGCGUGGAUGUGAAAACCGAAUUUAUACUAGACUACGGAGAAAAUCGUCGUCUCAUGGCGCUCAUUACGGGUCUGGAGAAUCUGGGCAACGACGCGAUAAUCGUGGGCACGAAGGGCGAGAUUAAGCUCUCCAACUAUUGGUGUUGCACUCAGCUGACGCAAUCCAACAAUCCGCCCGAGUCCUGGCCACUGCCUAGCGCCAAGUUUGAUUUCCACUAUACCAACUCCUGUGGCCUGCGCUAUGAGGCCGAGGAGGUCCGCAAAUGCAUUGAGAAGCGCCUACUGGAGAGCCCCAAGUACACGCAUGCUGCCAGCUUGGAGCUGAUUGCUCUAACCGAUCAGAUACGCCGACAAAUUGGCGUCAGCUACGACGAUGUGCUCGGCCGGGAAGUGUAGAGAGAUGAAGCGUGAGAUUUUGUUUUAUAUAGUCAUAGAACUUUUUUCCUGUUAACCAACAACAAAUUAGACAAAUACGCUUAAAUAUACAAAUGUAACUUACUUGUUUCGUUCAACUUUGAAUACAAAAUAGCGUAUAUUACCCGGCCUUGCAAGGCCAAAGUUUCCAUAUGUUUUCCUGUCAAGAUAAAAAAUGAUUAUGAGAAAAUAUAA